CGAGAAAGAAAGAGAGAAAGAAAGGAGCGACGGGCGAGGGGGGAGAGAAGUUGUGGAGCACGUGCGCGCGCGCUUCAGGAGCCACAAGUAGUGGAGCGAGCAGCAGCAGCGGAGCCGCCGGCGGACCGUUGGCAGCUGCGAGCGAGGCUCCGAAUCGGAGCCAGUCGGCAGGCGCGAGGCGAGCCGGGCGAGCUGCACGAGGAAAGUCGAUUCGGGCGGCGAGAGGCCCGACGCGCCAGCCACGUGGUCCUGUCCUGCGCUCGUCCGCGGGCAUCGAUUUUCGGAGCGGCGGCUGCAUUGGCGCCGCAGAGAGGAGCGCAGCGGAGCAGCGCUCGGUCCCGCGGCGAUCGGUAAUUAUCAGCAGCCUCGGCUAACGGCUUAAUUGCAGCCACCCACGCCCAUCGGCGCGCGCUCGCGAGCGCAGUCUCGGAGCGCGGCUCCGGCAGGUCGGUCGGCGCGGCGAUGGCGCAGCAGCAGCAGCAGCAGCAGCAGCAGCAGCAGGCCGAGUUCGAGGGGGUGGAGCUGCGGCCCAUGUCGGCGGCGCGGCGCACGCGCUUCCACGUGAACCGGGUGGACAGCCUGGAGGGCCGCGCCAGCCUGCUGGGCGAGGAGGCCAGCCGCAAGUCGCUGCGCAACUUGACGCGCGAGGCGCUGCCGCGGCUGGACAACUACCGCGACCUGCUCAGUAUCCAGGCGGCGCGCCGGCCCUCGCUCGACGAGCUGCACGAGCCGUCGCUGCCGCGCGAGCCCAAGAGAUGCUCGGGUGGCGCGGCGCAGGCCGCGCAAGCGGCGCGCGCGACCCGCCCGGCGGGCGUCAAGUUCGGCUGGGUGCAGGGCGUGCUGGUGCGCUGCCUGCUCAACAUCUGGGGCGUCAUGCUGUUCCUGCGGCUGUCCUGGGUGGUCGCCGAGGCCGGCGUCGGCCAGGCGGUGCUGCUGAUCCUGACGACCACCGUGGUCACCACCAUCACGGCGCUGUCCAUGUCGGCCAUCAGCACCAACGGCCUGAUCAAGGGCGGCGGCACCUACUACAUGAUCUCGCGCUCGCUGGGCCCGGAGUUCGGCGGCUCGAUCGGCCUGAUCUUCUCGCUGGCCAACGCCGUGGCCUGCGCCAUGUACGUGGUGGGCUUCUGCGAAAGCGUGCUCUCCUGCCUGAAGGCCCACGAGCUGUGCAUCUUCGACUGCGCCAGCAGCGACACGCGCCUCAUCGGCGUGAUCACCGUCUUCGUGCUGCUGCUCAUCGUGAUGGUGGGCAUGGAAUGGGAGGCCAAGGCGCAGCUCGGCCUCUUAGUCAUCCUGCUGGUGGCUAUCGCUGACUUCAUCGUCGGCACGUUCAUUGGGCCGAAGAGCGACCAGGAGAAGGCCAAGGGUUUCAUCGGAUACAGCUUCCAAGUUUUCCGAGAGAACCUGUACCCGGACUACCGCGCCUUCGACGGCACCUCGCACAACUUCUUCUCCGUGUUCUCCAUCUUCUUCCCGGCCGCCACGGGGAUCCUGGCCGGCGCCAACAUAUCCGGCGACCUGAAGGACCCGCAGACGGCCAUCCCGAAGGGCACCCUGCUGGCGAUCCUCAUCACGACGGCCUCGUACCUGCUGAUAGCGCUGAUGGUGGGCGCGACGGUGGUGCGCGACGCCACCGGCGACACCUUCGAUCUGCUGCAGGUCUUCAACCGGUCCAUCCGCAGCUCCUUCGACCGCGCCACGCUGGCCAGCUUCUCCGAGAAUUUCAACCGCGACUGGACCACGUACGCCACCGACUUCAACUGCAGCCUCAAGGCCUGCCCGUACGGCAGCCAGAACAGCUUCCAGGUGAUCGAGCUGGUGUCCGGCUUCGGGCCCAUCAUCUACGCGGGCUGCUUCGCGGCCACGCUGUCCAGCGCACUGGCCUCUCUCGUGUCGGCGCCCAAGGUCUUCCAGGCUCUGUGCAGGGACCAGCUGUAUCCGGGCAUCCACUGGUUCAGCGGCCAGGAGGGCAAGGAGCCCGUCAGGGGCUACGUGCUCACCUUCCUCAUCGCCCUGGCCUUCAUCCUCAUCGGGGAGCUGAACGCCAUCGCGCCCCUCAUAUCCAACUUCUUCCUGGCGGCCUACACGCUCGUCAACUUCAGCACCUUCCACGCGUCCUUCACGAGACCGAUCGGCUGGCGACCCACGUUCAAGUACUACAACAUGUGGCUGAGCCUGGCCGGCUCGGUGCUCUGCGUGGCCGUCAUGUUCCUCAUCUCGUGGUGGACCGCGCUGAUCACGCUGUGCUGCGUGCUGGCGCUCUACCUGAUAGUCUGCUACAGGAAACCCGACGUCAACUGGGGCUCGACCACGCAGGCCCAGACCUACAACUCGGCGCUGACCUCGGUGCAGCAGCUCGACCGCGUGGAGGACCACGUGAAGAACUACCGGCCGCAGAUUCUGGCGCUGACCGGCAAGCCCAGCUCCAGGUCGACGCUGCUCGACUUCGCCCACCAGCUCACCAAGAACCAGAGCCUGCUGGUCUGCGGCCACGUGGUCGAGACGCCGCUGACGCACAAGACCAGGGGCCUGAUGGUGGCCAAGACGAGCGCCUGGUUCCGCGCCAAUAAGCUAAAGGCCUUCUACUCGCUGCUGGACGGCGCCACCUUCCAGGAUGGCGCCACCUCGCUCAUGCAGGCCUGCGGUCUCGGCAAGCUGCGCCCCAACGUGCUGCUCAUGGGCUACAAGAGCGACUGGCUGGUUUGCCCGCGGCGCAGCCUCGUCGAGUACUUCAACGUGAUGCAUAAAGCGCUGGACAUGCACAUCGCCGUGGCCAUCCUGCGGGUCGACGGCGGCCUCGACUACGACAACGCUGAGCAGCAGGACGCCAAGAGGCCGCUCAAGAUCCCCAAGAACCAGAGCUUCUCGCAGCUGAGCCAAGCCAGCAGCGCGUCCGACGUCUCGAUGCCGGGCAGCCCAACGCCGAGGCGCUCGCCGAGGGCCGCGCAGCCCGACGCCGACAAGCCCGAGGCGCCGAGCGUGACGGCCUCGGCCGGCGACCUCCUGCUCAGCUCGAGCCGCUUCCACAGGAAGCAGCGCAAGGGCACCAUCGACGUCUGGUGGCUGUACGACGACGGCGGCCUGACCCUGCUGCUGCCCUACAUCGUCAGCACCCGCAGGAACUGGGCCAGCUGCAAGCUGCGGGUGUUCGCUCUGGCCAACAGGCAGUCGGAGCUGGAGUACGAGCAGCGAAACAUGGCCAGCCUGCUGUCCAAAUUCCGCAUAGACUACUCGGCCCUGAAGGUCAUCUCGGGCAUCUCCAAGCCAGCCCAGAGCGGCAGCGUCAGCUUCUUCGAGUCGCUGAUCGCGGACUUCCUGCAGGAGGGCCAGCCCGGCGCCGACGAAGCGAGCGUCAUCAAGGAAUCGGAGCGCCUGGCCAUGAAGCAGAAGACCAAUCGGCACCUGCGCCUGCGCGAGCUGCUGCAGGAGCACUCGAUGGACGCCAACCUGGUGGUCAUGACCCUGCCGAUGCCGCGCAAGAACGCCGUCUCGGCGCCGCUGUACAUGGCCUGGCUGGAGACCCUCACGCGGGACAUGCCGCCCUUCCUGCUCGUCCGGGGCAACCACACCUCGGUCUUGACCUUCUACUCUUGACUCGACGCGCCUGUCCCUUUCGGCCGCCGCCCGUCCUCCCCGCGUCCCGCAGUCGCCGCUUGUUCGCACGGGGAGCCGACGAUCGCAGACGACGGACGCUCCGGCGAAGCUACUUCGGCGCGCUCGCUGCCGGCGGAGCGAGCGGACGCGCGACGCCACGCUGGAUUGUCAAGCGCAUUGCAUCGAUGCGUCAAGAAAGGAAGCACAUUUGUCAGACGAACAACGUUUUUAAUAAAAAGAGAGUGAAAAGAAAAAA